GCAGCUGCAGCAGCAAGGGUACGGAGUCGGUGGUGGCGGAUACGGUUACCCUCAGUUCCCGGGCAUGAACAUGUACGGCCAGUCGUUUCAACAGUCCUACAACCAGGGGGGUUACCCAAGCAAAGCCUCGCAGCUACCCCACGGCCAGCUCCAGCAGCCCCCGAUGAACACCUCCUACAUGAACACGUACGGGAGUGUAGCGGGGGGAGAUGGGUCAGCCCAGACCCAACAGCCGCGGCAGCAGCAGCAGCAGCAUCAGCAGCAGCAGCAACAACCUAGUGGCGGGUGGAUCGACGGAGGCUUGCGCGAGCGCGGGGGCGGGGGCUUCUCCGGCCUCUCCGCGGAGGCGAACGGCUUCGUGCCCUCCAACUUCACCCCUGCAAGCGGAGUCGCGGGCGGCGGAGAGGUGGUAGGCGGGGGAAUGGACACCGGGUCUUCACAGGGAACGGGGGGUGCCAACAACAACGCCUCGUCGAUGUCGUCUGCUGGCAUGGGCGGCGCGGCGGGGGUCGGCGGUGACAUGCCCGCCUUGCCCACGGCGCCGUCCUCAACGGCGACGGCAGCGGUAGGAGGAGGGCAGCAGCAGUCGCGGCAGCAGCAGGUCUCCGCGAAUAACGCCUCGUCGUCGUCGUCGUCGUCGCCACCGCCGCCCGCGCCCCAGAAGAGGACUACCUCCUGGGCGGAUAUCGUUCGUCCGGAAGGGUUUCGAUCUUCCGACCAGAAGGCGUCGGCGGCGGCUGCGCCGAGCUCGACCAAGGCGUCGACGAGCCAGCCGGCACCGGCGGCAGCAACCUCCAACGAGGUCUCCGCUAUGCUCAACACGCCGGAGGCUUUCCCCGCCCCGGGCGCCUUCUCCGGUGGGGGGGUCGGGUACAGCGGGCUCAGCGCGGGUCCCUUCGCGGCAUCGCCUCCCCCCUCGUCGUCUGCCGCAGCGGCGGCGUCUUCCGGACGGCGGCAGCCGCAAGGUCCUGGUGGAAGCAGUGUCGCCAACGGAGGAGGGCUGGAGGGUCCCGGCGGCAAUGACGGCAAUAAUAACCAGGUGCUCGGGGUCGGGGAAGAAGGAAGCACCAGCAGAGGUUUGCCCGCGCCGGGAGAUGUUGCGGGUGACCAGGCCAAAGGGGAUGCAGGUGAUCAGGCGGGAGCGGCGGCGGGAGAUGCUACGGCGGGGGAUGGGGGCUACAACAACAGCAACAACGGGUACCCGCCAUAUCAGCAGCACCAGCAAUACUACCAGCAGCAACAGGCGGGCGGAGUUCCCGUGGGCGGCGGCGACGGCGGCGUGAUGGACGGAACCGCCAACGGGAUGUUCCCCGCUGCAGGCGGAAACGGCGUGCCAUCUCAGCAGCAGCAGCAGCAACAGCUCGUACCCCCAAUGUUUGGAAACGGUGGAGGGCUCGGCGGCGGCGGCGCCGGUGGUAGCGGCGUUGGCACCCUCGGCGGCGGCGGCGGUGGCGGGGGGGUCGUCGGACCGGGAAUGUUCGGGAUGAUGGGUCCCCACGGGGGCAUCGGGAACGGGGCCCCGCACCUGGGAUACAUGAACGGCGGGCCUUUCAUGGCGGACCCUGCCGCCAUGGGAAUGAUGCAUCAGCACAUGCCGCCGCACAUGGCCGUCGGGGGUUUCCAAAAUGGCUUCGGUGGGGGCGGUGGCGGCGGGGGGGGGUCCGCGCAGCGCGGGGGGUACGGCAGGAGAGGCAGGGGUGGCGGUGGAGGGGGGCGUGGGGGUUACAAAGGGCGAGGGGGCAACGGGAGGUUCGUGGGGAACAAUGCCGGGCGUGGUGGUGGGAUGCAGGCGUUCGGCGGCAACGGGGGUGGCAUGUUCAACCCUUACGUGGCGGCACAGCAGCAGGCAAUGAUGCACCAGGCGUUCAUGAUGCCGAUGCCCGUACAGCUCCCAGCGCACGUGUCACUCAUCAAUGCUCCGUCCUUUGAUCCCGAAGCAGCGGCGGUCGAGGGUACGCGUUUCUUUGUGAUGAAAACUUUCUCGGAAGAUGACAUUCAUCGCUCCGUUAAGCUCUCGGUGUGGUCUGGCGGGGAAGCGACCAACAGGCGGCUCGACGCCGCCUUCAAGGGUAUCAAGCCCAAGGACAGCGGCAAGGGAGGAGACAAGUCCUCCAAGGAUUCCGGAGAUGCCGCGGGAAAGGACACCACCGCCUCGUCGUCCAAGAAGAAGGGCAAGAAGAAGGGGGGCGGGGGCAAGACGGCCGGAGAGGACAAGAAGGCCGCCGGCGGCGGCGGUGGCAGUGACAAGAAGAUGGCUGCAGCGGAGGAGAGCGAGGGCGCCACCACUGCCGCCGGCGGCGGCAAGGACGCUAGCGAUGGCGACGUCGAGAAACCCGCGUCGGAGGGGGUAAGCGUAGCCGGCGACGGGGCCCCCGAAGAUGUCGGGAAGAAACAAGCCACUUCCGCCGCCACCUCCGAAGGUGACGACAAGGAGGAGAAGGAGGAGGAGGAGGAGGAGGAGGAGGAGCGCCCCGCUGCUGGUGGCGAGACGGCUACCGCUGAGGGCGGUGACGCUGCCCCGGAGACCACCGCCGUUCCUGCCGUAGACGAAUCCUCUUCGAGUGCCGACGCCGGGGCCGGGAAGGGCGGCGCGGCGUCGGAGUCGGCUGCGGCGGAGACCGGCAAGGAGUCUCCCGUGGCGGAGGAGGGUGCCUCGGACGCCGGCGCUAAGGACGACGUGGCCGACGAGGCCGCCGACGCUAGUGCUAGUGCUCGUGUGGAGAAGCCCGCUGCUACGUCGGUUGAUGUCAAGGAGGACAGCGCCGCCGCCGCCGCCGGGGACGCGAAGAAGGAAGAUGGUGGAGCGGCAGCCGCGGAAGUUGGGGAGAGCGGCGGCAAGCCGGAAGGGAAGGCGAAGGCCUCCUCGACAACAACCGGGAAGUCUUCUGCUUCCAAGGAGAAGGAGAGCAGCAACGGCGGCGGCAAGAAGGCGACCGGGGGCACCGUCGCGACAAGCGGCAAGGGCGGCAAGGGGGCCGGGCGCAGCAACAAGAAGGCCCCGCCAGUGUUCUUGUUCUUCUCGGUGUACCAGUCGGCCCAGUUCUGCGGAGCCGCGCAGCUGUGCGGUCCUCUGGACCACCAGGGCAAGAAGGUUAAGGGCCGCGCACACGACCGCUGGCGGUCCCACUUCCCCGUGAAGUGGGUAUUCGCCAAGGACCUGCCCAACCAGCAGCUCAAGCACAUCACGCUCCCGAACAACAAGCCAGUCGCAGCGGCGAAGGAUUCCCAGGAGGUGCCGUUUGAGCAGGGUUUGCAGAUGCUGAAGGCGUUCCACGAGCACAAGCACGUAACGUCGAUCGUAGACGACUACGCCUUCUACGAGAACAGGGCUAUGCAGCACCAGCACCGGCCGAAGCACCAGCACCAGCAGCACGGCAACAACCACCCUGCCAACCAGUACGGAAACCCCUAUGCAACGCACUUCACCCCGCAGCAACAGCAGCAGCAACACACAGUGGCCCAGCAGCAGUAUCAGCAGUACCAAAACCAGCAACAAUUCGCACCAGCACUCGGGGGUGGGCGCAACAACAACGGGACGGGAGCCGGGGGGGGCGGCGGGGCCGCGUCUAGGAAGAACAGCAAGAAGAAAAAGGGCAGCGGCAAGGGUAAGCGUAGCGGCGGAGGGGGCAGCAAGGGGUCAUCGAGCAGCGGCGCCAAGGCGGCCAAUGGAACCGGGGACGCUAGCGCGGUAUCCCCCACAGGGGACAACGACGCCGUAUCCCCGUCCGAAAGUAAAGAGGCGUCGACGGGCAAGGAAGGGGACCAGGCCGGCGGCGCAGCGGUCGACCCAUCGGCCGCUGCCACCAACGCUACGUCCUCCUCCUACUCCAAGCCGGUCUCCGAAGGCGGAGAUAACGGUGCCGGCGCUGACUCCGCUGCCGCCGCCGUAGACGGGCAAGAGACCAAGGCUAAGGCUAAGGGUGACGACGCGUCGCCCAAGGGGGCGGACAACAAGGAAACGCCAGCGGCGGCAGCGGCGGCGGGCGAGGUUGCUUCGACGAAGGAUAUGGAGGCUGCGCCGGUGGUAGCAGCGGCGGCGGCCACCGCGGAAAGCUGAGGGCGAGCUACAAGAAUGCCGAGCCGAGGCACGGCUGCUGCAGAUGCCAGAAGCAACAACAAACAGCAGCCGAGCGGAAGUCGUUGAAUAGUGCGACGCUUGGGCCUUAGGCAAGCAAGCUACAAACAACUUGGACGAAGGUCAAGCGGAGGUCAAGCGGGAAGAGGCGAGGGCGAGGGUGUGGUGUGGUGUUGGGUUGUGUUGGGGGUUGUUGAACGAAAGCCCUAAGAGUGCGAAGUUAGAGCCGAGCGGGGGCACGGAAGAACGGUGAGUGCCAGAGCAGUCAGUACAAAGGAAGAUGUGGAAGCCGAGGACAGGCUGAUGGAGAGCUGUGGGAGAGCUCUGUCUGCACUUGCGGGCACAGAAGCGCCAAGAGUCAUGCGAAUGGGGGACGGCGGCAUCGAACCGGCCGAUCGCCUUGACUCAUAUCAGUGUUUUUCUGGGCGAGAAGGCGCAUUGCCGAUGGUGCAUGGUGGUUUGAUUGAAAGUUACCUAUUGCGUGAGAGGGAAAUGCGUCUUUUUGAGUGUCGGGGUGGGGACGGGGGGUUCCUCUCGUUGAUCAAGAGCGACAUGUGUCACCGGGCGGCGUCAUGGAGUGUGCCAAUGUUGGGCCUGUCACGUCGUCCAGUACGUCUUGGAGGUGGGCGAGGUUUGAGCGAGAGGUACUCGUAUGAUGCCGUUUUGGUUUGAAGUCGGUGUAAGUCGGUAUGUGACCAGUGGUACGAUAGUAUCGCUGCUCGUGUUAGUGCUUUGGUGCGUGAGACCACUUGAGCUUGAGAGCGGAAGGAGUUUGCGCUGGAAGUGGCUGGAGAGGGUGGAUCGUUUGAUUGGACUACCCCAGCCACACAGAGGCGAGCAAGCGUUGAUGGAUGCUCUUUGUGGAGGCGGGAAUCGAUGGGACGAUGAGAGUAUACGCUCGAUUUUUCUUGCUCUUUUUCAUUCGCUCGGCUUUGAUGAUGUUUUUUUUGUACGAAUCGCGUGGAGGUUGGAGGCACUUGGGGGCUGAGUUUGUUUAGGUUUCGCUCGUUCUCUUGCGGGGGGCACUCAUUCUCUUGCGAGGGGGAGGUGUAGGCCGUCGUGCAGCGCCGUUGGCCCGCCUGUUCUCGACAAAGGAGGCACCAACGAUAGUCAUGUUUUCGCCGACCUGGUCUCGAUAGUGUAUGGCCAAGCUGGAGUCCCCAAGGACAGCGGAUUCAACCCGUUGUUUUUGAUUGACUCGCGUUCUCUCAGCACGGAACACAGGCCGCAAGCACGCUUUUGAACCCCCUUCCAAGACAAACCUACAUCAAGGGUUGCGGGAAUAGUACUCCAUCCACCACACGUACGUCUGUUUUCUACCCCACUUGAUGUUUUUCACUGCUGUCAGUUGCGGGGGGUGCACUGCCGGAGACAUUAUUUGGUUUUCUUCACUACAUUUUGUCCGUUUUCGUUUUGUCAGGGGAAGGGGAGGGGGGCAAGGCGCGCGUAUGAUAGAUAGGCCAAUGUUUUGGGAGACUCACCACUCGCUUGUCGCUUCCUUCCGUUGUUCGUCUUUGGUUUGGCCGCCCCGUUGAGAGGCUCACAUGCUGAUACCUGCCAACGGAUCGCGGUGUAUUGUAGCACUCGGGAUGGUGGCAGGUAAUACAGAGGGAGAGUCAGAGUGGGGCGCCGAGAAGAUGGCGUCUCAGUUUUUUGUUUUUGGCUUUUUGCGGUAUGUGCUGUUGCACGCAUCUCGUUCCUUCGGGGGGGUAUAGCCCUCUCCCUUCCUUAGGAAAUCCGUACCGAUACCUUCGCCCCACCUCUCGAUAGUUGUUAACUCGUCUUGUUUCGUCGCUCACGUGUGACUUUUCUUUUGCAUGCCGGGAACAACGGGUGAUCGAUGGUGGCGUAGCAAGGGGUUUCCGUACUUGUACGGCUUUGGCCUGCUGCCUCACCAAUCACUCAGUUCGUCACAUCGAAGUUGGAUUCCGUGGCGUGGGAUGGAUGCCUCGACCAGAAGCCUGAUUCUUUCCCGUUCACGGGCGCUCCCUGUUGGCGAUUUCUCUGACUGGUCAAGCUCUUCAACGCAAGGUGCUCUCUGGUUCACAUUGAAUCACUGGCUGUUUUACUUGUAGUUUCAUGUUUGUUGGGCGCUGGUUGUUGAAACCAACCCUCGGUCGAACGUGUCCCGCGGUCGACGUGCAUUCGUCUUGACUUUUCUUCGUGUUAGUCGUAUAUAAAGUACUUCGAUUUCUCCUUGCCGCAGUCUCGCUUUGUUCCCCGCUUUUGCCUCCUCCCAUGCCACUCGUUAUCCUCUCGGCGGGGAGCUUGACUCGGGAGGGGAACACUACUAGUCAGUGCUAGCCAUGCUGGAAAACGCGGUCCAAGUCUUGUUUUUGUUAGUUUGGAAAGCUUGGCUUCCUUGUAGGUUUGUUUGGCGUUGGAAUUUAGGUUCAGGGUUUGGAUAUUGGAAGGCGUCGGCGUCUUGUAUUUUAUGUUCCCUGUUUACGCAGGUGAUGCACGGGGAACACCUCGGUGGUCUCGAUGAAUAUACCGUUUCGUGCGUACUUUCUCUACUGCGGCGUGCAGAUGCAUCUGGUAAAUGCAUGGUUCACUGCUUUUUGCACGGGUCGUUUUUUUUCUACAAAGCGGGCAGGAUUCGAAAACGACGAAGACUCCUUGAUCUUGCUUUUCAUUUUGGCAUGGUUUGGCGGGUGUCUACUCAAUGGGUGAUAUGAAGGACAUAUUCUGCAAAUGCGUGGUGACCUUCAAGUUGUGGAGAUUGGGGAUAUGAUUAUUCAGAGGGAGGAAUGGAGACGGCAGAAGGUUGCUUCGCCAUCGAGUGUUUGCACAAUCAGAUCCCUUUCACAAAUCAAAACCAGCUGUUGUUGGAGCAGCUUGCUUCGGCAAGUAAGUAUGCUAAUCCAGUUGUGUUGAACACUUCGAAUAGAGGAUUCUUUUAUUACGGUUUCUUUGACGAAUCGCAGGAUUUACCCCACAGAAGAGAAGAGAGCUACAGUACACGAGCUGGAAACAGU